CGUGUUGCGGGCGAAAAAGGACGUGUAUUCUGGGGCCAGUACGCUUGCCCUGCUGUGCUGCUACGAAGGACAUCAAUAACAGUGAAUUGUGUUAAUGUAAGACAAGGAAAGCUUCAGAGUGUGUGGAUAAAGGCGGCAAAAUAAGGAGCGUUGUUCUAGGAAGCAAGACGAACAAGGGAAACAACCAAGAAACAGUGUGCAUUUCGAUGAAUUUGUUUUGUUGUCGUUUGCACGGUAGUUGAAAUGGGCGAGCAGCCAAUACUGUGCGAUUUUUAACGUGUGCUAAUCAUUACAUUUCAACCUUCAACUGCAAACUUAAGUGGUUUCGCAAUAAAUCGACCCAACAGUGUCCCGCAUAUUGCGUAUUCGAACAGGUGCUAAACCCCUUUCGCUUGUGUCCCGUGUGUCGCGCAUUGUGAUAAGAAUAUUAUAUUAUCGGUCACAAACAGAACGACUUUACCUGUGUAUGUGUGCGUCUGUGGGUUUGUUGUUUGUAUGGUCCCGUCUCGUCAGUGCUCAUUAUCGUGGGGUGAGGAAAGAAAGAAAAAAGCCACAUGCACACAAGGUACAGCAAUGAAGAAAUGCAUCCACCCCGUGUGCUGACCUAAAAUUGUAAAAAGCCGACCAACGAACCCCAAUUCGGACAAAACCAACAUAUAGAGCAAAGCGUGCGACAAGUGUGUGAGUCAUCUCGCGCCGACCAUCGCGUGCGUGUGUGCAUUUUGCAAACAACGAAGAAAAUACGCACAACGAAAAACAGAAAAACAGUAAAGAAUCCGUAGUAGUUAACGUCUUUUCUUUGGGGCUUUUUUUGUACGGCAUUCAACGAAAAUAGACCUCCGCAAUCCCCCUCCCUUUCCCCAUCCGCCCAGCAAGUCAUCCAGUCACUCCAUCCUAGCCCACCACCGAAAAGCGGCAUGGCGUGCCGUCGUCCUUUCAGGGUCAGCCCUGCGUCCGGUGGCCGGUUAUCGAUUGGUUUUAUCAUCGUCACUCUCGCGCUGAUGACAACGGCAGCACAAUCAAAACUGUUGGUGAAUGGCACCGAUUGUAUCAUCCGCGAGCCACUGUACAACGUUACGUUUGACUUUAAUGCACUCAGCUCGGAUCUUAAUCACCACGUGAUGUCCGAGGAGAACAACGAACGAUUCUUCUUCAACGUGUGCGAUAAGGAACAGCCCGGGAAGGAUAACCGAACAGGCACGCGAGCGUAUCUGGUGCGUCAGGACAAGCGGAUUACGCUCGGGUACGAAGCACACCUACAGCUGAACGACGGACGGAUGCACUUUUCUUUCUUGGGCGAACCGUGCGGCAACGGUAGCAACUACACGCUGGACGUGAUUCUGCUGUGCAGCUAUGAGCGUACGCCGACCGAUCUGCGCGUGAUCCCGUACACACCGGACCAGUGUCGGUACUUUAUCUUCUGGGAUACGCCGCUCGCCUGCCAACCACUGCCGACCACGCUCGUGGCGAACAGAUGCACGGUGAGCGAUGGUACCAACCGGCAUCUGUACAAUUUGUUACCGUUGGGUAGCGCCAACCAUGAGUUACCGUUGCCGGAUGGAUCUCGGUUUGUGGUGUCCGUGUGCAAGCCGGUACGCUACGGGCAUCUCACGAUGUGUCCACCCGGGACGGGCGUAUGUCUGGUGAACGGUACGGAGUAUCGUGACUACGGGCAGGCCGUAUCGGAUCCCAAAAUUGAUCCAUCGGGUCGGCUGGUGAUGGAGAUGCGUUCCAAGUCGGAAGCGUGCGAGAACUCGUUGGUUGUGUUUGAGUGCGGCAAGGACGAUGGCAUCGAAACGGGGCCAAUUUACCGUGGUCGGAAAGAUAACUGCACGCAUGAAUUUGUCUGGCGUACCGCACUGGCCUGUCGGGAUACGCGCCCCUGCUCGGUGACCAAUCCGAUCACGGGCACACGGUACGAUUUGGGAUUGCUGGCGAAUCGAACCUACACGUUGACGGCGCGAGACAACCGGACGUACGAGGUGGGUGUGUGCCGCAUUCCCGCGUCCAGUCACUGUCCGCUGGAUGCGGGUGCGUGCGAAGUGUCCGCAAAGCAAUCGGUCGGGCUCGGAGCGAUUUCGGACGAGCUGCACUAUGAUACGACCGGCGCACCUUACUUGCUGUACCGAUCCGGUGCUGUAUGCGACGCGUCUGCGGAACGGCGGUGGGAAACGCGGCUGGAAUUUAUCUGUGAAACGGACCCGGUGGAGGAUGGCCGUACCGGGACGGUGGUACCGCCGAUCGUGGUAGAAAACGGCGAAUGUCAGCUGGUGGUACACUUCGAGACGGUGCUCGUCUGCGAACCGGCUCUGAUGGCGUGCGGCGCUUACAAUGAAUCCGCCAUCGAUCAGUAUGUGGAUCUGUCCCCGCUGAUGGAUUCCACCCAGAACUACGAAGCGCGCAACCGUGGAGAGCAAGGCCGACGCUAUUUUCUCAACGUAUGCCGACCGCUCGUGCCGCAGUAUGGGUUAAGCUGUCGCGGUGGUGCUGCCGCCUGUGAAGCUACGUUUGACGGUGUCACCGCACGAAACGAAACGACGCUUGGAUUCCCGGACGUGUCACUCGUGGUAGCGGGCGAUACGGUGCUCAUGAAGUAUCUACGCGGUGACCCAUGCCGGCAGGAUCCGCUUACAAACUUAUCCACCACCGUGGCGUUCCGCUGUUCGCAAACGGCUGGACGCGGCCAGCCGGUACUCGUUGAGAUUGAGCACGGUUGCCACUAUCGGUUCGAUUGGGCAACGGCGGUUAUAUGUCCGCCCGAGCUAACCGUACCGUUCGAACCGAGCAACUGCAGCUUUCACAAUCCAUCGACGGCAACCUGGAUGCCGAUGAACGGUGUGCUGGAUGAACUGUCACUGUGUGACAAACGACCGGUUGCCUCCGUAGACUAUCGUACCGGAUCGCUUAAUAUCCGCUACACGGAGCCUGAUCCGGUUAACUGCAGCACCACGAACGGUGUGAAAACGUACAACGUAACUGUUGCCUGUGCGCCGGAUAGUCCGCUCGAUCGAGUAGUGGUAAGUGUUUUCUUUUUACAUACAAUCACAUCACGUAAACGCUAAUAUGUUUCUUAACUCCGCAAAUUUGAU